UGCGUAGCUUGGUCUGCCUCUGUUACAGGGCGAAACGGGGUUGGAGACACGGUGGUCAAUGAAAACCUGCUUUUGAGGGUGAUCGCUUCUAUAAUGUUUUACUGAACAAAGAUACUUUUCUGUCACCGAUAGCAAAGACUUGGAAGGCGUAAUCACAAACAUGCUCCGUGUCUGUAGAAAAGCGGCAAGUGCAGCAUCUCAGAAGUGCCUGUGUGGGAAUGCGUCGCUCCGUCCCCUGCAACCCUGUCGCCGCUACACCUCAGCAGGAGACACAGGGGUGACUGCGGGCAAGAUUGUGGGAGGCAGCCUACUCGUUGUAGGUGGCGGCCUUGGUGGCACAAUCUUGUAUGCAAAAUGGGAUCCCAAGUUCAGGGCCAAUGUGGAGAAGUAUGUUCCUUACUCUGAGCAGGUUUUUGAAAUGGCUCUGGGACCGUCCACUUAUUCAUUACCAUUGCCAAAGAAGCCGGUAAAGAGUGAGGUUACCUCUGUUGCUGGAGUCUCCAAGGAGCCCAAACCACCCAAAACGAAAGGCAAAGCCAAGGAUGAGGAGAAGCCUGCAGAGCCAUCGGCUGCUGUGGAACCGUCUCCACCCCUACCCCCUCCACAGACCAUCGAGGAGGCCUCCACAGAGGCGGCGCACAUCAUUUCCACCAUCAGCGAAGUGCCCUCUGUGCCUGCGCCUGUCAUCAACGAGCCGGAGUCCCAGCCCGAGGGUUUGCCCCUGGCUGCUCCGGAGGCCCCGGCAGGAGGGGAGUGUACUGAGUGUGCUCAUGAGGCUCACCAUGCUGUGAAAGAACGCCCUCCAGAGGAAGUAGCUGCCCGCCUUGCUGAGCAGGACAAGGCUGAAGAGGACAUCCUGGCCUCUCUGUCUGCUUCACUGGAGGAGGCUCUUGGCAGUUCAGCCAAAGUGACCCUGAAGGCCCUUGCGGCCCAGGAUGCAGCAAUCACAUCCAUCAACGUGCACACACAGAGGCUGAAGGAGGCCAUGGAGGAUGAAGAGGCUUCUGCGGAUAAGAAGGCUAUGCAGUGGCGUGUACUGGAAGAUGCCCUGAAGGAGCGCAGCAAGACAGUGGAUGAGGCUGCUGACGCCCUGCAGAGUGCCAGGACUGAACUGGAGAAACUCAGGGGAGUCAUAGAUCACGGAAAGAAGACUAACCUCCCCUCAGCCCGUGCACAGGUCCUGGCAGCUGAGGAAAAUCUGCACAACAUGCUGGUGGAUCUGGACAACAUGGUGAACAAGGUGACGACAGCUCAGAGCGAGGCAAAAAUCCUCUCCCAGUACAGCGAGCUUGUGACUGAGGCCAAGACCCAGUUCCAGAAGGAGCUUGACAGCAUCACCCCUGAGAUCCAGUCCGGCUGGAAAGGCCUCACAGGUAAGCUCUCCGCCGAUGACCUCAACUCUCUGAUUGCCCACGCACACCGGCGCAUCGACCAGCUGAACCGGGAGCUGGCAGAGCAGCGCGUGCGGGAGCAGAUCCACAUCGAGGCAGCACUGGAGCAGCAGAAACUGGAGGACAAGAAGGCACUGGAGGUGGCAGUGGCAACAGCACUUGAGCACAGCCGUGAGGAGAUGCGCCUGGAGCAGCAGAGGAAGGUGGAGGAGGUCCGGGAGGUGAUGGAGGCAGAAAUGAGGACUCAGCUGCGCAGACAAGCGGCUGCUCACACAGACCACUUACGGGAUGUUUUGAAGGUGCAAGAACAAGAGCUACGUACAGAGGCUCAGGAGAAUCUGACCAAUAAGCUGAUGGAUCAGGAGACCGAGUUCAGGCGGCAGGCCCAGGAGCAGCUGGAUGGCUUCACCCUGGACAUGAAUUCAGCCUACGCUCGGCUGAAAGGAAUGGAGGAGGCCAUUGACAGUCAUAUAAUUGCUGAAGAGGAGGCCAGGAAGGCGCACCAGCUAUGGCUUUCGGUGGAGGCCCUGAACUACUCCCUGAGGACGGUGGGGGUUAACGCCCCCACCGAGCCCCUGCAAACGGCUGUUAGAGCAGUACGGGAAAGCUGCUCUGAUAACGAGUUUGCCCUGGCACUGACUACCGCCCUGCCUGAAGAGUCUAUCCAACGCGGCAUCUACAGUGAGGCCUCGCUCCGUGCCCGCUUCUACAGGAUCCGCCAGCUGGCACGCCGUGUCGCCAUGAUCGAUGAGACGCGCAACAGCCUGUACCAGUACUUCCUGUCAUACCUACAGUCCAUCCUCCUUUUUGAGCCGGAGCAGGCAGUGCCCCCGGCCAAGCUGUCUUCUGAAGACCUCAACACUUUCAAACUACUCUCUUAUGCCACCUACUGCCUGGAGCACGGCGACCUGGAGCUGGCCGCCAAGUUUGUCAACCAGCUGCGGGGCGAGUCACGGCGGGUGGCCCAGGACUGGCUGAAGGAGGCACGGCUCACCCUUGAGACGCGGCAGGCGGUCAGCCUCCUGUCUGCUUACGCCAAUGCAGUUGGGUUAGGCACCACCCAGGCUCCAUAGAUGGAUGAAGUCAUGCUUAAGGGGAGAGCUCUCGUUUUCAUAAACAGGCUGGUUCAGGUCCUUUUGAGUGUAAAAUUCUGAGUGUGGAAAAUUAAAAUAAAAAUAAAUUGGACAUAAUAUGGUGCCAGUAGAGGUGUGUUCACAGAACGUUAUCCCUCAGCUCCACUCGACCAGUGUGAGCGAGCAUCUCAUAUUUGUACUAUGAUGUUCAGAUGUACAGUACCUCACAUACCCCUCCAGCUGCCCCUUUGGUAAAGUACAGGGGACACACACCUCCAUGCUCAUAGUGAGCACCCUGCACUGAGUGGAACGUAAGUGUAUAAGUUUAGUUGACACGAGGGCUGCCAGUACUACAUCUGAUCAUUCCCCUAACUUAAAAAACCACCCUCCAGACCUCACUGUCUGAUGCCCACCGCCCACCGUGUUAUUUGUUUUAUGACAUUUUGGAAUGCUUUGUUCUGGUGGAUGUUGCAUUUUCCUGGUUAUUUGGCCAGGCUUUGUAAAAUGAAGUUAUGAUUCGUUUUGACAUGUUCUUCAUUAUUUCGCCCCCCUCCCUUCAGCACUGCUUCAUAUCAAUAAAACAUGGAAGAUAUUAACCUGA